CCCCCCCGCCCCCCGCCCCACCUGCCCCUCUUCCUACACCGUACAUCGCUGAAGCGCUCUCGCGCCGGACCCCGGCGGCCGUCGGGGUGGAGGAUCGAGGGACCAAGCCGGGACUUUUCGAGGCCGGCGGCGGAGCGCCAAGGGGAGGAGGCCGCGGCGAGUAGAGGGAGUGUGCGAGCAUCCUGGAGACAAAGCGCAUCCAAAUCCACAUGUGCGUGCGUCUUCCCGGAAGUCAAGAACAGUAAGCGUCUUCUUGCUUCCAUUUUCCUCACGAGCAAUCAAGCACGUCCUGCCCAGCCCAGGCCAUUAUUGCGCUUGAAACAAAGCUGCUAGAUUCGUCGUAUGCGCCAGAUUGGUCCUAGAGCAGGGCGUACUCUACUCUCCACCCCACCCCUGCAAAGUUCUAAUAAUGGCGGCGACAGUGGUGGUCAGAUUUGGGGAAGAACACUUCGUCCUAUGCGCAUCCGAUCCGUGGAGAAGCCAUUCAAGAAGCCCCACCAUCUUUCUCAGCUCAGGCCAUCAUUGCCGGUGCCCACCUCUGCACGCUCUCUGCACUUCGGUACCUCUGCUCACAAGAUGAACAGCGCUCAAGCCACAGGUUAAGUGAAAAAUUGCUUGCUUGUUUGCUUCCACAUAUACGGGGCAUUGUUUCCUUCCAUGCUCCUCACAAGAAAACAAAAACAUUUUUGCUCACACCAUUGUUGCCCUCUCCACCUUGCGAGGCGCUCCAAUGGCGGCGACGGUGGUGGUCAACAUCGUGGUCGGGCCGCUGGUCAAGAUCGUGCUGGAGAAGGCGUCCAACUACCUCCUCGACAAGUACAAGGUGAUGAAGGGCAUGGAGCAGCAGCAUGAGAUCCUCAAGCGCAGGCUGCCCGCCAUCCUCGACGUCAUCGCCGACGCCGAGCAGGCGGCAGCCCACAGGGAAGGGGCCGCGGCCUGGCUCCAGGCCAUCAAGAAGGUGACCUACCAGGCGAAUGAGGUCUUCGACGAGUUCAAGUACGAGGCGCUUCGUCGCAAGGCCAAAAAGGAGGGACACUACAAGGAGCUUGGCUUCAGUGUGGUAAAGCUCUUUCCCACCCACAACCGCUUCAUAUUCCGUAACAGGAUGGAGAGAAAGCUCCGCAAGAUUGUGCGAGCCAUUGAGGUCCUUGUGGCUGAAAUGAAGGACUUUGACUUUAAGCAUCAGCAACCACUGCAAGCAUACAGCCAAUGGCGACAGAAGGAUCAUGAUAUCUUUGAUCCAGAGAAAAUCACUAGCAGAUCGAGAGCCAAAGAUAAGAAGAAACUUGUUGAUAUACUGGUUGGUCAAGCUAACAAUGCAGAUCUCACGGUUGUUCCCAUCGUUGGAAUAGGGGGUCUGGGAAAGACCACGUUAGCUCAACUUGUCUACAAUGACACUGAAAUUCAGAAGCAUUUCAAUUUGCUGCUAUGGGUGUGUGUCUUUGACAACUUUGAUGUGGAUUCUCUGGCUAAAAGUAUAGUUGAAGCAGCUCUCGAGAAAAGUGGUACAGAAGCAGCUACUUCCAUGAGGACGAAGACACCGCUGGAUGGCCUUCAGAAUGUAUUGAGCGGGCAAAGGUACCUCCUUGUAUUGGAUGAUGUCUGGACACGAGAGGUUCAUAAAUGGGAGCAGCUCAAGGCCUGCCUUGAACGUGGUGGCAUGGGGAGUGUGGUCCUGACAACAACUCGUGAUAAAGGAGUUGCGAAAAUAGUGGGGACUGUUGAAGCUUAUACUCUCGGAGCUUUGGAUGGACAAUACAUAAAGGAAAUUAUCGAGACAAUGUCAUUCAGUUGUUUGAAGAAGGGAGAGGAAAGGCCAGCCGUGUUGAUGAAUAUGGUUGAUGAGAUUGUGGAGCGAUGUGCUGGCUCUCCUUUAGCUGCAAUGGCUCUGGGCUCUGUACUGCGUAACAAGACCAGUGAAGAAGAAUGGAAAGAUGUAUCAAGCAGAAGCAACAUUUGCACAGUGGAGUCUGGAAUCUUACCGAUACUCAAGCUCAGUUACAAUGACUUGCCGCCACAAAUGAAGCAAUGCUUUGCUUUUUGUGCUAUAUUUCCCAAAGAUUACGAGAUUAAUGUGGACAAGCUGAUCCAACUAUGGAUUGCACAUGGCUUUAUUAUCCAAGAAAAGCAAGUUCGUCUUGAAAACAUUGGCAAACAGAUUUUCAAUGAACUAGUCUCAAGGUCAUUCUUUCAGGAUGUGAAACAAGUCCAGACCACAAUCGGUGAAAUUGAACAGGACGGGGCGUGUUCUGUCAGAAGUACAUGUAAAAUCCAUGAUCUUAUGCAUGAUGUUGCACUGUCUGUAAUGGAGAAUGAAUGUGCCUUGGCAACUGAGGACCCAGGCAAGAUUGGAUAUGUUGUUGCAACUGAGGAACCAAGUCAGAGUGAGUGGCUUCCAGACACGGCUCGGCAUUUAUUUUUGUCAUGCAAGGAACCAGGAAGAAAAUUGAAUAGUUCUCUCAAGAACAGUUCUUCAGCCAUCCAAACACUUCUGUGUGAUAGCUUUAUGAGCAGAUCAUUGCAUCAUUUGGCAAAAUACAGCUCCUUGCAAGCAUUACAGCUCCGUUUGUUGGGAUCAUUUCCGCUGAAACCAAAACAUCUGCAUCACCUGAGGUACCUAGAUCUCUCAAGAAGUUUAAUAAAAGCACUUCCUGAAGAUAUGAGCAUUCUAUACAACCUGCAAACGUUGAACCUCUCUGGCUGCGUAUCUCUUCGUGAACUUCCAAGACAAAUGAAGUAUAUGGCUGCCCUCCGCCACCUUUACACUCAUGGUUGUCCAGAGCUGAAAGGCAUGCCUAGAGACCUAAGAAAACUCACAUCCCUACAGACACUUACAUGUUUUGUAGCAGGUAGUGGCUCUAAUUGCAGCAAUGUUGGAGAGCUCGGGAAUUUAAACCUCGGUGGUCAACUAGAGUUACAUCAUCUAGAGAACGUGACAGAAGAAGCUGCAAAAGCUGCAAACCUCGUGAUGAAGAAGGAAGUAACAGAACUGACAUUAAAAUGGACUGUUGGAUCGGAUAAAGUUGUUGAUGAAUCUAGCAGUCGGGAUGAUGCAAAAGUGCUCGAGGAACUUAAACCUCAUGAUGGGCUGCAUGCUAUAAGGAUACACACCUAUGGAGGCACCACCUUUCCAACAUGGACAACUAUGUUGCAAAACAUUGUCGUGAUCCAUAUUUCUCAUUGUAACAAACUGCAAUGGUUCUUUAGCGGUGACAUUAACACAUCCUUUGCAUUUCCAAAUCUGAAGGAGCUUACGUUGCAAGAGCUUGUCUGCUUUGAGAGAUGGUGGGAAAUGGAUAAUGGAACGCAAGGAGAAGUGGUGAUGUUUCCUCGGCUUGAGAAGUUGCGCAUUAGUCAGUGUGAAAAGUUGACAGCAUUGCCAGGGCAACCGACCUUCCCAAACCUCCAGAACACUCGUAUUGAGAGAUGUCCAGAGUUGACAACUAGAGUUGAAUCACCAAACCUCGGUGUAUUAAAGAUGGAAGGACGUGACGUACAGUUGUUCCAGUGGGUAGCCAGGCAUAUGACUUCAUUGACCAAUCUGGAACUGCAUAGCCUUGUAGACAGUACAGAAACAACCUCGGCGGCGGCUGAGCAUGGUUUGAGGGAAGUUCUGUAUUGCAAGGAAAAAGGGAAUGAUCAUGAUUUUCCUCUGACAGUUUUGGUGCUACAAAACUUCAAGCCAGGUAUAACAGAGCUGUGUUCAUGUUUUGUACACCUGCAAGAUUUGUCAGUUUGGAGGUGCCAUGCGCUCCUCCACUGGCCAGAAAAGGAGUUUGAAGGAUUGGUAUCCUUGAGGAAGCUUGCGAUUCACCAAUGUGAGAAUCUGACUGGAUAUGCACAAGUUUCUACCGAGCCAUCAACAUCAUCAGAAAAGAGUCCGCUCCUUCCACGUCUAGAGUUACUAGUGUUAAGGAAAUGUGAAAGUUUGGUUGAGGUCUUCAAUGUCCCUGCAUCUCUCAGGGUAAUGGAAAUUCUUUAUUGCAAGAAGCUUGAGUCUAUAUCCGGCAGGAGGCUGCUGCAGGGACAGUCAGCAUCGUCGAUUCAUCAAGGGCCAUCUAGUAUAGCAGAGGUGUCACCAUCAUCAUCUGGAGAUUGGGCAGAGAAUUUGGAAAAACUGAAAUUAGUCGAGUGUCAUGGCUUAACAGGGGUCCUCCAUCUUCCCUCGUCCCUGAAGGCUCUAGACAUUGAUAGUUGCAGUGGGUUGACAUCUCUUGAAUCUAGCUCAGGAGAGCUUCCAUUAUUGGAGUGCCUCUAUCUUUGGAGUUGCAAUAACCUGUUAUCCCUACCGGAUUGGCCACAAGCAUACUCAUAUCUCCAAUGUCUCUACAUUAUGAACUGCACUGUUAUAAAGACGCUCCCUAGAAGCCUGCAGCAACGCCUGGGCACCAUCCAGGAGGAACAUGUAGAUGCUCAUUAUUACGGAAAUAAGCCAAGGCCUGUCCCUAUCCUGCUCAAACCAAAUACAUGGAAAUGCUCCAUCCGUAGAGAUUAGAGAGCUAUAAACAGAAUCGCAGGACGAGAAUGCCAAUAUUUAAGUUAUUCCACAGAAUUCUUCCAGCACAUACAUACGGGGAAGAGAGAUCACUUGGGGGUGGAGCUAUUCUCUUGCGAGACGCCCACAAGAAGUUGUUGUCAUGCUGAACUAACAGCUGCUGGAAUAUUGUUCUCAAAAUGAGGCUAGGAACUUUGGUAUACAAAAUGCAUAGCCAUGAACUGCUUCAAAUUAUCAGUACUACCUAGAGAGCUGGGACUUCAAAUUUUCAAGAUAUGAUGUUCAUCGCCAAUAUUGCCCUGCUACCGAUCUUCCAGUAAAUCAGCAACUUCGCAGCUCAUACACGCAAGAUGUAUAUUGUACAAUAGCAGUGUAAUAACAUAUACGUAUAACAUUACUUGAUGAGGAAACAACGAAAACUUCUGUACAUGGAGUAAUUGGGAUCUUCAUUUGACAAUAUUACAAUAUUCCAAACUAUUCUGCAUUUGAUCAAGUUUAGCUCCAGAAUGCUCCAAAUCAUUUGAUCAAGUUUAGCUCUCUGCAUUGCUGUAUUCAGUAGGGCCAGCUCGAACCGUGUGCGCCAGGAAGAAGGCCAGCUCGAACCAACAGUAUGCCCUGCAAAAUGAUUUCGAACGAGGGCGCUGGCUACCUUUCAGUAGCAGCAGAGGUGGCGAGGAGGAGCUGGGUCGCUUGGAUGAAGAAGAAGAAGAAAUCGGCGAGGAGGAGCAGGCGGGCGGAGGUGGUCGUCUCUAGCAGGUGGGCGAUGGCGCUGGGCCCGACGGUGGAUGCGCUGGUCACCUCGGUGGACGGCGGUGGAGCAGCGACGGUGGGGGUCUUGCCCAACUCCCGCACCGGAGUGGCUGGCCUUGGCGGGCCGGGUAUGCGAGCAGGACGACGAGGAGCAGCCGCCCGUGAGCCGUGGAGCUGCCGCCCGUUGAGGUGUCACCGCGGAGGAGCAGGUGGGCGGCGGCGAAGCUCGCCUCCGCGCAGGUAAGCAGGGGAGGCGCAAGUUUGCAACCGCGGGGCAGGUGGGCGGCGGCGCAUGUGGGACUUCGUCGCCGGCUGGUCCCUACGGCGGCUGGGGCACGUGGUGCCCGCGGGCGAGGGGGGAGACGGAGGCUGGGGCGCGCGCUGUCCGUGGGCGACGGGGGAGGAAGAAGGGCUAAUUAGCAUGAGAUUUAAAGUGAUAAUGUCUUUUUUGCAAAAUUGCAAUUGAACUGCGCUGGCGACAACUUUUCCUGGACGGAGGGAGUACUAUUUAAACAAUCAAACAUGAAUUUUCUUA